AUGACAACGCCAGGGGGUGAACAACCCGAGCAGCCGGUACAGGGUGUGCCAGUAGAGCAGCUUAUCGAGGACGCUCAAAAGUUGAUGAAGGCCUUCAUGGAGCAGAAGGGUGGAUCGCCUACGCUGAGGACCUUGCGAGUGGAAAGCAGUGGUUCCGAGAGGGAGAUGGAGGAUUCCCCACAGCUAAGGGAGCUCUUGAAAAACAAUGAGGAGCUGACCAAGCUUUGCAAAAUGGGACUCCUGGAUUCAGGAGCCACGCACCCACUGAGACCGCGGGUGUCGAACGACUCAGUUGAUGGUGUUGGAAGCGUCAAUGUCACCUUGGCGGGGGAGAACAGGGUCAAGAUGGACCAGACUAAGACGGGCGCCAUACUGGGUGGCAAGGAUGCGCAACCCAUUGUACCUCUGGGUACUUUGGUAAAGUCACUGGGGUAUGAGUUUGCAUGGGAUCGCAGAGGAUGUAGACUGAAACACCCCACCAAGAAGGAGAUCAAGGUCUACACCAGGUCUACGUGUCCAGAGAUAAUGCAGUGUGAUGCCUUGAGGUUAAUCGCGGAGUUGGAGCAGGCGAAGAUCGAUGAGACGAUGGAGUCGUUGGCGCAACUCAAGGCGUCAGUAAGUGCUGUCAGGGAUUACAAGGAGAGGAGCUGGAAGGACAUGGUGCGAGACUAUGUGGCUUCUGGUACAGUGGAGGAUGCAACAAGGGCGGUCUUGGCAGCACCGUUCAUGCACCAUGCGCCUAUGAAUGGGCAAUUGAAAAUCCUACCAAAGUCCCCGGACAACGCGGACCAGGCCUGGGUGUGGAUGAAGCAGUUCCCGCUCAAUAGAGCUAACAGACGACAGUUAUGGCAGUCCAGGGAGUGGAUAGUUCAUAUGUUCUCUGGAAAGAGUGUACGAAAUGAUCCCCUACGAGAUUUCCCCGGCCUGCUUGAAGUCGACCUACAGAAGGGGUGGAAUCUCAACGACGAGAAGAUCUACGGUGUGUUGGUGUGGGCCGCCCGUGAAGGGAGGAUCAAGCAUGUUUUCGGGGGCCCACCAGCAGGAACCUUUUCACCGAUGAGGUACCAGAGGGACAACCAUGCAGAGCUCAGACCGUUGAGGUCAGUGCACGAGCCGUGGGGACUCCGGGAAGGUCUAACUGUCGAGGAGUCCUCUAAGGUCUACAACGAGAACAUGAUGAUGUACAAGAUGUUGUGGCUGUGGCUUUGUGCCGAGGUCGCCAAUGAGGACCGAGACGUUCCUGGGCAUCAAGUGGGCUUUUGCAUGGAGUACCCUGAGGACCCCAAGGAGUACUUGCCCGAGGGAAACCAGAAGGACACAUGCGUAUCGGUAUGGCGCACGGAGCUGGUCCAGAAGUUUGCAAGCCUCAUGGAGUUGGGCAAAGUGCAGUUCGAGCAAGGGGCCCUUGGCCACAUGAUGCGAAGGCCUACGUGUUGCCUCACAAACAUGGGUUUGGGAAUACAUGGCCUCAGAGAUUCGCGAGCCUUCAUUAGCUCGGAAAGCGCGGAAGGUGAUCAAACGGUUUGGCCACAUGGUUUCAGGAUCACGUUGGCGGACGCAAUCCAUGAGUGGGACAGAAGCGGAGGUCCAGCUUUACGCAAGGCCAUGACCAAGCGGGAGCUGGAAGAGUGGAAGGCUCAUGUUGAACGAGGACACUGGCCUUACAGAAGGGAUUGCUCAGUGUGCCUAGCGGCGUCAGGCACAGGGCGACCAGCACGCCGUGUGGUGCAUAGAGAUGCCUACGUAAUGAGCCUGGACAUUGCAGGACCGUUCGCUGAGAAGGGAAAAGAUGAAGUUCGUGGAGGGAAGUAUAAGUUUGUCCUUGCGGCGACCUACCUCUUCCCAAAGAUUCGAGAAGUUCCGGAAGAUGCUCCAAUCCCCGACGAGGACGAGGCCGAGAAGUUCCUGGAGGAGUUCGACGACGAACCCGGGGAACCAGAAGGAGAAGACGAUCCGGAACUACAGGCUCAGGAGGAGGAAUGGAAGAAAAAGAUUGCCGACCUGAGAAAGCCAAUGGAGCUACAGGCGUUGAGGUUCUGUAUACCUUUGGAAAGACACACUGGCAAAGAGAUUCUCGAAUGCAUUCAGGACUUGUAUGUGAAGCUCCGGGCCUUAGGCUUGCCUUUGACUCGAAUACACAGUGACAGAGCUCGGGAGUUCAGGGUGAAGCCGGUGCGAAAAUGGUGCAGGGAGCGAGACAUAUACCAGACGUUCACAGAAGGCUUGGCGCCCACACAAAAUGCGGCGGCGGAAAGUCAUGUGAAGUGGCUUAAAUCUCAAGCCAGGACUCACCUUGGCGCAGCGGAGCUGGACAAGGAGCUGUGGCCGUGUGCUAUGAAGCAUGCAUGCCAGCUGCACAACGCGAGGCAGUUGGGACACAAGUCUCCGGAGAUCAAGUUUGGCUCAGUGGUGUGGGUGAAGUCCAAGAAAGACCGAGGUCCGUUUGAUCCAAAGUGGGAACGAGGAAAGUAUAUGGGCCCAGCGGAUGAUGUUCGAGAGGGACAUGUGGUCCGCCUGGAUGAUGGACUCUGGCUUAGAACCUUGCAUAUGCGUACAGUCAGGGAUGAUGAAGUUGAGGAUGAAGACGAAGCGGAGCAUGUGAUCGACCUCGUUGAGCCUACAAGGAGGAUCAGAAGGAAGACUAAGCUACCGGAUCCAGAGAUACACAGUUUGAGAACAGACGCAAGAAGAGCGUUGGUGAACCGGCUACUCAAGUCAAAGAUUUGGGAACAUGAGGAAGCCCGGGUAGAGCGGCCGCAGAUGAAAGAAGGACAAGUUUGGGAAGGAGCCGCGUAUGUCAACCUGGGGGCCUACCAGCAUGGUGGGAUUACAAGCCUUACCAAGGCAACCGAGAAGUUCAUGGAAGAGGCAGAGAUUGCGGCGCAACUUAUUGCCUUGGAUCAUCCAGGUAGGCCGUUCACGUCUAUUGCCCUGGUGAAGAAUGCGACAAUGCCAGCGCACAAAGAUGCAUUUAAUCUCAAGGGAACGAUGAACCUGGUGUCGCCUGCAAAGGUGACUUCGAGAAGCAGUGUCUGGCAGGAGAUGAAACCCGGGGAUGAGUUCCACGGCAACUACCAUGCAAUGUGGGUUAAUGGGAGGGAGGUGCCUGGCCAAAAGUUCAACAUCGAAAAGCCAACGAUGGUACGACCUGACCGGCUACAUGCACCACUCAAGGGAGAUCCAGGAGAUCGUAUCGUUGCUAUCGGGUACAAUGUGAGCAAGUGGGAGAAACUUCUGGAUCAUCAGUGUGAAGAUCUACAGGAGCUAGGCUUCCAGCUGCCCACUAGACAGCCUGUGAUCAAGAUGAUGAACGAUAACAACAGAAGGCCACGACCCCCAACUCCACCUAUUCCAGAUUCACUACAAGCUUCGACCACUACUCCACCAUCAGGAACUACGGCGGUGUUGGGAACAAGUGGUGUGGUCCCAGACUCUUCAAACGAAUCUACGUUGCAAAGGCCGACCUCAGAAGAUCGGAUGCAGGUGAGCUCGGCAACGCCAGGCCCCUAUAGUAACCAGACUUCGUCCUCGGGCUCGACGAACAGACCCCGAGAACAUUUUCCGGAAAUAGGCGGUGAAAGACUGGAUAGUAUGGUGGUGCCUGGUGGAAGAGUGGAGCUACGAUUACGAUGGGCUAUCCGAUUCUGUCCGGAUCCUGGAGAACAGGAGGAGGCAAUCAUGACAUCAAUGCCUCUUCUUCCCCUUGGACAUGAGGAGGAGCAACGGAUGAGGAGUCGAGUGACGUGGUUGUCUGAGUUUGUGGAAGAAGAAAGACAAAUUCGCAUCAGACAAGCAGCACGAGGGGAAUACCCUACGCAACGCGAAAGGCAGCUGUUCUACAAGUUGGACGAUGCCAUCGACUAUAUGAAUGAGGUUCUGGCCUUGAGCCAUCAGGCCCGCGAAGACGGAAAUGUGAACCUCAUGAGGCUUGCUGCAAACCCUGAAACUACUCAGGAGGUAGAGCAGAUGUUGCAGAAGCUUACAGAGCCGAUCGAGACGGUCCACAACGUGGAGUUGCAGGAGGUGAAGAACCACUUAAGCGAGUGGAAGGAAAGUAUACGGAAGGAAGUGGAAGGGUUAAUGUCUUCUGGAACUUUACGACCGGUGCCGCUUGCAGAUGCGAGGAAAAUGGCUCAAGCUGGGGAGAUCGUCCUAGUUCCGGCCAAAACAGUGCAUACGAUUAAACCGCCGAAUCAAGGCCAAGAGGGACUUUACAAGCGAAAGAGUCGCCUGGUUAUCUGCGGCAACUAUGUGAACAGCGACGUGGAGGUUUACACGGCCUCAGCUAAUGCAGAGUCGGUCAGAGUUUCGCUCUCGUAUGCAGCGCACAAGAGGUGGCAUGGGGCAAUCACGGACGUCAACUCAGCCUUUACACUUACUCCAAUGGAAGAGUCCAAGGUCAAGUACGCGAUUACGGUGCCCAAGGUGGUGGUCGACGCGGGCCACGCGCCACCGGACAUCGCAUACAUGGUGGACCGAGUGUUGUAUGGUCUGAGGGAGGCUCCGAGAUUAUGGGGGAGCUUCCGAGAUCGACGAGUUGGCCGUGCAAGAUUAAAGGUGGACAACCAGGACUGUAUGUUCCUCCAGAUGGAAACGGAUCAAGCAGUUUGGCGACUGGUGACAUGUGAAGAUCCGACCAGUACGAAGGCCAUCACGAUCAUCUACGUGGAUGACGUGUUGAUGCUUGGGCCAGAAGGUGUCGUUGGAGACAUAUACAAAUGGCUCACGGAAGGCAAUGAGGGCGAGGAAGGAUGGAAGUGCUCGCCGAUGGAGUGGCUUGGACGAGAACCAGUCAGAUACCUGGGGAUGGACGUGAGGAGAAGAGCAGUGGGAGAUGUUACCAGCUUCCACAUUUCGCAGGGAAGCUACGUGAUGGAGCUCCUUAAGAGUUAUCCCGAGGAAAGCAAACGUCCUUCUAUGGUACCAGCCACUAAAGAAGUGAUGCCAUCGAUUGAUGACGAUGAGGAGGAGCCAGUCCUCAUGGCGAUCGAUCCGGAGAUGGUAAAACAAGCUCAGAGAAUGGCAGGGGAGCUACUGUGGCUCGUGACACGUUGGGUCAUGGAAGUGGAGGAAGGUGAUGGAGUGGAGCCAGUGGUUCUGCGGGUGGAUAAUACGGCAGCAUGUGGUCUGGCUACUACAGCACCUGGAUCCUGGAAGACUCGACACUUGAAGGUGAAGGCAAGACACAUUCGCCUGGAAACGGCCGAGGGAAGGAUUAAGGUGGAGCACACCCCUGGAGAUGUACAAGUUGCGGACAUGGGAACAAAGCCAGUGCCAGCUUCUCGCCUGGAGGAGCUUAGGCGUUUAUGGGGUAUGUGCUCAGCAGAGGACUUUGAGGACGAAGAUCGCAAGGUGAUCCUCAGGAGUUUGGCAGGCCCGGACUACUACUACGACCUGAUGAGAAUGUUUGCGUGGUUGAUGAUGGUAGCAGGAACGCCUAAGGCCUCAGGCGCGGAGCUAUACAACAAGAAGCCGAUCGAGUAUGAUGGCAGCGUCGAGUUCUAUGUGAUCAUUGCAAUGGCAGGCAUAGCAUUAUUGGGAAUUUGGGAGCUGCUGAAGUGGAUAGCGAUGAGAUGCUUUGGUGAAGACGAAACUACGCUGGCAAAGGCAAGGCGACUUAUGAAGAUCAGGAAUCAGGCAUCCAGAGCGUUACAAGAGGAGUUGGCAUCUAUGUCAAGCAGCUCAGCAGACCCUAUGUAUAACGAGCUGGAAGGGAAGCCAAAGCCGAAAGUGGCUACACCUACACCAGCCGCUGAAGUGGAUCCACCAAAAUUUCCCAUGACCCCGAUGCCUAUGACAACUACAAGAUCCACGAUGAGGGUGGACGAUGAUCCAGAUUUGAGAGCGGCACUGACGUCAGCACGCAAUGGGGACUUCAUAAGGCACCGUGGUGGCUUUAUCAUGUCGGAGUAUGGGGACAAGCUGCAUUUUGCGGAAGGCUGUCAUGGACUUCGACACGCAAACAAAUCGAAGCUAAAGCGUGUGCAAGUAUGUCACUACUGCGACGUCAAGUUCCCGCACUUCUACAAGGUCACGAAUGAGAAUGUGCUCCCUGAGGGAUGA